GUUUAUGUUCUCUGAUACUUAAAAAUUUUGGUGGUUAUGUUUCAAACAGUUAAAUGUUUAAAAUUUUGCUGUUUUGAUAUUUAGUAACAACGAAGUAAUAUUAUUUUAAUAUGUCUUUCAAUUUUGGAAAUGUGUCCCAACCGGCAUUUGGAACCUCGCCUGCGAAACCAACGGGUUUCGCCACCCCGUUUGGUUCUACCGCGCCGACAUCAUCAGCUGGUUUUAGUUUCGGUACAAAUUCGUUUGGACAGACACAACCAGCUCCGGCAUUUGGGUCUACAUUCGGAGCUACAAAUACUUCCGGGGCUUUUGGUGCCACAUCGUUUGGAGCGCCCGUAUCCGGGACGUCAACUUUCGGAAGCACAUUCGGAACUCCUGCGUCGACGAGCUCAGUGUUUGGAACAGGAUUUGGUGCUCAACCACAGGGUUCAGGACUUUUUGGGGCAGCUGCGUCAAAACCGGGUGUGUUUGGGGCCCCCGCGACUUCCACUCCCAGUAUCUUUGGUACUGGCACCACAGUCACACCCAAUUUAUUUGGUGCGCCGCAGUCUACCCAGGCAACUCCAAGCCUCUUUGGGAAUACUUUGACAACAACUCCGUCGUUAUUCGGGAGUGGUACAAGUACCACUCCCUCGAUGUUUGGAAGUUCAUUUGGACAGCCUUCAGCCACAACAACUCCCUCAUUGUUUGGCACGUCAACGAAUGUCGCUCCAUUCGGGAGUGGUGGUUUGUUUGGCACAACAACUAGUGCGCCAUCUUUGUUUGGCUCCUCCGCCUUUGGAACCACUACAACCUCAACAACAGCCGGUGGUUUUGGUUCUUUUGGUACUGGAGCAAGUAGUUUUGGCGGUUUUACUUCUUCCACAGGUCAAACUAGUAUUUUCGGGCCAAAGCCUCUAACGGGGCUGCAAUCGCAGCAGCAGGGGGUGGUUGAUAAAAAUCAGUUGGUUGUAGCAUCCGUUUACGCCAUAAAUGUCUUCAACGAUGAACGUGAUGAUGUUUUGAAAAAGUGGAAUAUGUUACAAGCCUGUUGGGGAAGUGGUAAAGGUUACUACAAUUCGACCCAGCCUCCUGUCGAAUAUGUGCCGCAAAAUCCAUUUUAUAGAUUUAAAGCAAUCGGAUACAAUGCAAUUCCCGAACAGGACAACUCCGAAGGCAUUGUCAGACUGGUUUUCAAUAAGAAAAUUACGGAAUUGCGAAGUCAGCAAGACUCAUUAAAAACCGGUCUAUUAGGCGUUCUUGGAAAUAGACCGAAUUUAUCAGUUGAAAUCAUCCUGAUUAAGGCCGUAUCGAGUGAUCAGACGGAAGUGAAAAUUUCGGUCUCGGAAAAAGGCGUUACCGGCAAUUGUAGGAGAAUUCCCGCGACCGACUUGGCGGCGUUUUUGAUUCAACCUUCCCAGAAACAACAGCUGACAAAUGUCGGCGUAACGUCGAUUUCUCCCUACGUAACCCCCACAAAGGCAGAGUUGGAGGAGUAUUUGAAACAAACUCCCCCAGGAAUUGAUCAGCAAAUGUGGCAGGCGGCCAUUCAGGACAAUCCGAACCCGAGAAAGUACAUUCCGGUACCGAUAAAUGGAUUUUCCGAUCUUCGAGCUCGAAUGUUACAUCAAGAAUACCAGACCGGACUUCACCAGGCAUUUCUAGACAAGGUUAACAGGGAAAUUACUGAACUCAAAACGAAACACGCAGCUUCAGUCGCCCACAUUGCAGAGUUAAAACAGAAAUAUUUGGAUCUGCAGCACAGGAUACUGAGAGUUUUAGUCAAACAAGAGAGUAUUAGGAAAGUGGGUAUUGCCAUUCAACCGGCGGAAGAAUUGUUAAGAGGCAGGUUAGAAGUAAUGCAUGCCCAGUUAAAUUUGCCAAAACAAUUUAAGGGACAAAUCAACGAGCUAUUGUCUCACGUCAAGAUGAUAGAAACUACGCAGAAACAAUCCGAGCAGAAGUAUAGACUGGACGCAGAAGCUCAAGAUGAAAUUAAGCAGUUUUUAAAGAUGGAACAGCACGGUAUUUCUCAGUUGAUCAGCAUAAUUAACAACGAUAUGCAAGCAUUGAAACUAAUAACUGAAGGUCUUAAGGAAAUGGAACAACAACGACCCAUUAGAAAAUUUACUUAGUUUUAUUUUAAUCAUUUUAAGUUUGUUACUAUAUGUUUUGGUAAUACUUGUAUUUAAAUAUA